CUAAAGUCCCACUCAGCAGUCAGAGACCCGGAUCUGUCAGAGACCCGGACCUGCAGGGACUCGGGCCGUGACUCGUCAGUGACAGAGGCUCCUCAUGUCUCUGCUGUGAUUGUCACUCUUUGAUCCCGCGGUGGCUGCUGGGAGAUAAAGCCCCUCUGUGUGCACCGAGUGGCCGUGAGAUCGUCUCUGUGUGCGGGGAAAUGUCAGCUGCGAGCCCGGAGCAGACCCAGCAGGAGGCCGGGAUCCUCCAGCCGCAGACCGUCUUCGUCAUCCUGGACUCGGCUGAGACCCUCAACCUGGUUCGGGUGGAGUCUGGAAUCGUCGCUGACAUCGAGGUCGACAGUUUGCUGCCGUCAGACAGUGACAUGUUCUACCAGAUCAAGAGCCAGCCAAUCAGCUCACCUGCUGCAGCAUCCUCCUCCUCAUCUUCAUCCUCGCUGCCGUCGGCCAUGUCGUCCAGGGUUUUGUUGCGCCAGGAUCUGAUGCGUCAGCAGGCUCUGGAGGAGGAGCAGAAGGAGGCGCAGCAGCAGCUCCUCCGCUCUGCUGACUCCUCCUCCCCCAUCUCCAUGUCUGUGACCUCCUCCAGCAGGCCUCCUGCUCAGGUCCCUGUGGAGGUGCUCAAGGUGCAGACUCACCUGGAGAACCCCACCAGGUACCACAUCCAGCAGGCUCAGAAGCAGCAGGUGCGUCAGUACCUCUCCACCACCGCCAAGACAGCCAAUCAGGAGCCAGAUGGAACACAGAGCCACUCUCCCCAGCCAGGCUCCGCCCCCAAACUCCAGCCUGCAGACAUCAAACAGAAACAGGAGAUGGAGGAGACCGUCAUCGAUGACAUCAUCAGCCUGGAGUCGAGCCUGAACGAUGAGUUUAUGACGCUGAUCGACUCGGGUCUGCAGCUCGCCAACACGCUGCCGGUGUCAGGGAACAUGCUGGACAUGUACGGCGGCAGCGGAGGGAUGGCCACGCCCACCAUCACUGUUAGCAACAGUUGCCCGGCUGAUCUGCACGCCGUCAAGAGAGAGAUGAGCGAUGUGGAGACCAAAGCUCUGAUCAAGGAGAGACAGAAGAAAGACAACCACAACCUCAUUGAGAGGAGGAGGAGGUUCAACAUCAACGACAGAAUCAAAGAACUCGGAGAUCUCAUCCCAAAAUCCACCGACCCGGAGACGAGGUGGAACAAAGGAACCAUCCUGAAGGCGUCGGUGGAUUACAUCCGUAAGCUUCAGAAAGAACAGCACAGAGUGAGAGAGAUGGAGGAGAGACAGAGGAGGCUGGAGAACACCAACCACACGCUGCUGCUGCGUAUACAGGAGCUGGAGCUUCAGGCUCGCCUCCAAACCCUCUCCUCCUCCUCCACCUCCUCACCCGCUCCAAACUCCUCCUCCUCCUCUCUGGACCCCCAGGCCCUGCUGUCCCCCUCCCUGUCCCAACCGUUCUCCCCCUCCUCCUCCCUGAUGACCCCCUCCCUGGGUCUGGACGCGCUGAGCUUCGUGGAGCUGGACGAGCCUCAGGGGGCGUCGGCCGUCUUCUCCCCCGACCUGAUGAGCGACGUGGGGCUGACAGAGUUCGGAGACAUCCUGAUGGACGAGGGAGGAGGCGGGGGAGGAGGGGUGAUGUCCGACCCCCUGCUGUCCUGCGGGGCGUCCAAGGCGAGCAGCAGGAGGAGCAGCUUCAGCAUGGACGAGGACCUCUGAUGACAUCGUCGUCACACUGCCGUCCUAUUGGCUGCGGCUGAUUUUUUAUUGGAUAGAUUUUUUUAUACGCAGUGACAUCAUCAUCAUCAUCACUGAACCACUGUGACAGAGAAACCAUGAGCCUGAGCAGACCUGAAGCUGAUUGGCUGAACACUGAACAAACUCUCAGCUGAUUGGUCGAUGGAGGAAUGGCUGGUAGGAGCUCCAGGUGGCUGCAGGUGAUACACAGCUCUUCCUUUAUUCACCAAAAUAAAAGCAUUAAAAUGGAAAAAACAGAAAUGGCCUUUUAGGUCUUUUAGUUCAGAUUUAAAUAAUCUGUAGAGAAGUUUGGAGGAUAUAAAGCUGUUUUUAUCAAAUACUCUAGAAAAUGAUCAAUAUGUCCUCAAGUAGAGCCAGAUCUCACUGUGAUGUUUCACAUUAAUUGCCAGUUUUUCCAAAACAUGUCUGCAUCAUUUAUCCGUCUAGUUCUCACUUCAGAGUUCCCAUGAAACGCCUCACAGCAUAUCCAGACUGCGUGUGGUUGACCCCAGUAGUUGAGGAGCUUCAUGGGGACUUUUCCUCAGAUUUCCAGGGAGUUUGGAGGUUUCUGUUAUCAGCCGAUUGUCUUGAACUGAACUUUGACAUCACAUUUUAACUUUUAGAAACUAAACCUCCUUCAUCUGCAGCUCUGGAGCUCCUGCUGAGUUAGAAAAGCAAAGUUUGGUCAUGGUUAGUUUUUUAAACCGGCUGUGUGUCCCUCAGCUCUGUAAAUAUGAAUUUGUACAUAGAGGCAUAGACGUUUAAUCAGUGUGUGCUGGAAACAACGCAUGAGGAGAAAAAGAGAAGAACUGAUUCACUGUUUACUUCUGUUUCUGAUCAGGUUUAUUAAUGAGAAUAUGUUAUUGUUCAUGUGUACUGAUUUAUGCUUGUAUGAGAGGAAACACAAGGGAAAUCAUCUGCUUAUAUUCUUCCUCAUGCUGUCUUUUAUACCCUGCUGUUCACCCACCAGUGGAAACAUUUACUGAUUUAUUUCAGCAAAAGCAAAGAUCAGUGAUUCAUGUCUUAACCAGUUUUACUGUUCUCCAUUUAAAGACUGCUCAUCUUCAGGCUGACUAGAUCAUUUACAAAUAUUAACCAGUUUAAAAUCCAUGAAAGAUUACAGACAUGAGGAUAAUUUUCACCUGAUAAUCCUCUAAACCUACAAGAUGACGCAGCCAGAUCUUGAGGCCACACACCUGCUGUUUGUAGUUACAGAUCUCACAGAAUCUCGCGUGAUCAAACGAGAGUUCAGAAGAAUGAACAAGGACGACUGAAGCCUGCAGCUUGCUGGUGUCAUUGUCAUAAUUCCACAAGCUUUUCAGUUUUUUAACAUCUGGUUGAUGAUGCUCUGGUCUGCCUGUUCUUAUUGGCUGUUGUGGGUAUUCUACCAGGGGCAGCCUGAUCUGGGAAUAUCACAUUUGUUUGAUAUUAACCAGAUCGUGUGGCACAACACACUUAAUGAUUAUACUGCCAAAUAUCUGGUAAUAUAUGAUAUGGAUAAAGAAUUGAAUGCAACAAACCACAUCGUCUAGUGCACAGCCAGACUCAGACACAAACCAGCUGACUUUUAUGACUCCACAGUUCAUUCAGAAAGCUAAGUUCUGUGUAUGAAUUAAAUCAUAAACUUUAAAUAAAUGUAGGCUAUAAAUAGCACUGUGUAGAAAUAAACUAUUGAAAAGUAUAACAUUUUAUUUUGGACCAAAUAAAACAAAAGUGCCACAAGCAAAAUAUUCAAAAGUUUAAAAAAAGGUAUAAUAUUUCUGUCCUAACCAUCUAACCCACUCAGUAUAUGCAAAAUUAUAUAUUUUUAACCUGAAUUACUAGCUACGUGCUAGAUUAGCUAGCUGUGUAGAUAUAAAAUGUAGUAAAAGUCUUGACAUUUAUUUUUUGACUGAAAAGCAAAAUGUUCAAAAAGUAUUUCAAGUACUUGUUUGGCUAUCCUAACCCUGACCCGCUGUAGCUUCGAAGUCCAAAGGUGGCUAACUGUUAGCAACAGCUAGCUCUUAUCCAUCAUACUGUUUUUAACUAACAGCAAAGUUAGCUAGCUGGUUAAAAAAAUCUUUCAAAAAUAAUGCUGCAUUCCAUUUACCUCGGAAGAGCUGGGAAUGACGUCACACCCGAGUUGACGGCGUUCCAGUAAACAAGUCAGAAAACCUGUUGUUGUUACUAUUGUUGUAACGUUUAGCCAUUGUUAGUACCAUGUCCACAGAUAGACGUUGGACAGCACUACAUGCACCACUUAUUUAAUUUCACAAAAACAAAACAGAAGUGCUAAUGAAUAAUAUAUUAUGAGAGCUUUCACUACUGUUGAUGCACGACGCUGCCAUCUUGGAUUAUGACGUUGUGGUCAAGUCGGGAGGUGAGGAUUGUCAGAUUUUCAGAGUCGGAAAUCCGACUUCAGGGGGCGUUCCAGAUGAAAUUUCCGACUGGGAACUGGAAAUUCUGACUUCCCAGUACAACUGGAACGCAGCAUAAAAGAAGAACAUUUUACUUUGGACAACAUGAAACAAACGUGCUGCCGAAAGUAUAAAAAAGCUAAAAUAGUUUUUAAACACUUGAUUAGUUUAUCCUAACAAAUAUAUAUAUAUAUAUAUAUAUAUAUUUUUUUUUUUUUUUCUUAAAUAAAUUGCUAACUGUUAGCCCCAGCAGGCUACUAUCUUAGCCACUUUAGCUGAAUAUUAGAUUCACUAGCUGUAUGAAAAUUUUAUGUUAGAAGUAAAAUAGUUCAAAUAAAAAGUAUGAGAAAGUUUUACUGCCAUCCCAACUCAAAUCCACUAAUAUUACCACUAUAUUUUAUUUGGUUAAAUACCAUUUUCAUGGCUAACUGUUAGCUGUAGUUGGCUUUUGUCCAAAGACUCCAUUAGCUGCAUGCUAGGCUAGCUAGCUAUGUAAGAAUAAACUGAAGAAUAAGAGCAUUUUAUCAGGACUAAAUCAAAUUAGCCUGCACAUCAGAAUGUUCAACAAUGAUUAAAAAAGUUAAAAUGCUCAUCAGGCUAACCUGACUAUUAACCUGCUGUAGCUAUUAAGGUGGCUAACUGUUAGCAACAGCUAGCUUUUAUCUGUCAUUCUGGUUUUAGCUGAUGGUGAGGUUAGCUAGCUGCAUGUGUCAAAACAAUCUACCAGAAACAAAAGAAUAACAUUUUAUUUUGAACGAAAAACUGCUGAGAAAGUUUUAAAAGCUAAACACUUUCUGGGUUUCUCCCAUUGUUUGUUAAUACUUUCUAAGGAGGAACUGUGGUAGCUAACUGUUAGCCACAGCUGGCUUUCGUCUCCCAAACACAUUAGCUACUAGCUAGCGAGGUUAGCGAGCUUAAAACUGAUGAUUUGUGAAGUCUGAUGUUUGUUUUCUUGGUUAAACUAGUUUAGCCGGAUAAUUCUCUGACACUUAGCCGCUCUAUGAUCUCUCUGUCCCCCGCUAACUGCUAGCUGUUAGCUCCUCUCUUUAUUUUCUAAUGAGCAACUGAACAAAGCUUUUUCUGCAGCUGCUAGCUUUAUUUACAGAAUAUAAGUUUAACUGAUGAGGUAGCUGGUUGCGAGGUUGUCUUGUGUCCAGGAUUUUUAACUUUGGUAUGAUCUCAGUAAAAAUCAGAUGGUAGUGAUAUCUGUUUGAUACUGCAGCAACAAAAACACAGACACCGUAGACGCCCGAUACUCAGAGAUUUGUUGUUUUUAUAAUCAAAAUUUACAGGCAAACACUGCAAUCAGUCUAAAUCACACAAAACCAUCAACAACAGUUAGAAAUGAAGGUUGAAGUAGGGUGGCAAGAAGGUUUCUCCUUCCUAUUUGAGAGUUUACCUGCAAUUUGUUUUGAUAAUUUAUAACAAGAAGUAACCCGAUACUGGGCACCGAGGACUUCUGUUUUAGUUCCUGGGAAUCAAACAGGUAGUACAGUCACUUGAUUUUGACUGAGUCAAAUCAAAUUUAAAGUUCUGUUAUCACAACCCAGGGUCGAGACAUUUCAGAUCAUUUUACCGUGGUUUGUUUUUUACUUGGUAUGAAAAAGAAACGGCCUCCUCCAAACUUUACACUUUGAAAUAUGAAGUUUGAAGGUGCCAUGUUGGAGGUUUGGGCUCCACACUGUUUCCUCUGUUAAUAAUCAAUGUUUAUAACAUACUUUUAAUCAUAGCACUGUCUGCAGACGAUGUAUGUGAUACAACACAACACAGGUUACCAUGGCAACAGCAGACUGACAGAUCCACCUCUCCUACAUAAAGGGAUUUUAUUUGUUUGUUUUGAUUUCUGACAUGUUUACAAAGUUUCUGUGCAGCAUGUUGUCUGAUUAUGAUCUUUAUGUUCCAUCAAACAUGUUUUUAUAGAGUCUUUAUGUGUCGAACUUUUAUAUAGAAAUAAAAUCAUUUAAGAAUGA